ACACAUCUAGCACGGGCACAGCAAUCAAAUGUAGCGGCAUUUUGGGAGGUUUUAGAAAGGUUUUGGGUUAAACAAAAAUGUCAGCAGUUACAGUUGCUGGAAGAUCCACAUCAAUUUUUGCUCGCACAAUAUUGAGAUCAACACCAUCAAGAACAAGACUCUCUCAAGUUUCAGUCUCAAAUGGUUUCGUUCCCUCCAAUUUCAGUCUCCGUUCACAGAGCCGAAUUAUCCCAACGCCUUCUCCUUGUAGGUUGUUGCGACGAGAAUUGAGCUCACUUGUUCCCCUCCACAGCGCCAUUUCAGCUGCCUGUCUUGUCUCCAAGCUUCCCAGUGAAGCCAGCGCUUCAAUCCAAGGCAGAUUUGCGAAUUACCUCAGUCCCAUCUAGGAUCAAGUGCUUGCAAAGAUCAAAACUCUUCCUCCUUUCAAUUUUGUAAUGCUGUUUACUUCUUUUCUGAAAUUGAAAUUCAGGCUUUCCGAUGUCAAUUGCUGACCAAUGUUUGUUUACUCAUCAUUAAUUUAGGUGGAAGUCUUGAGUUACUUCAGUUCUUCUACUUGCUAUGUGAUCAAUUGAUUUGACUCUGAUGAUAAAAUAAUGUCUUCAUAAUUUUUCAAUAAUAUCAUUUGUAUCAUUGGAGAUUAGAUUUCUGACAAUACUAAUGGUUCGAUGUCCUGUGGUUAUGAUGGUGAUGGUUGUAUCAUAUUAGUGC